AGCUCCACCCACCAAAAGCCAGAACUCCACCAGAGCUGCCGUUCAGCCUCUGUCCCUCAGUGAUACCUCACCCUGCAACAGAGGGCCCAACAAGACUGCAGCCUGGAUUUCAUGACCACUGUCCCAUAAAUGCAUAAGAAAACACCCAGAGAAGCAACAUAAGACUGAAUGAACAGUGAAAGGAGACAAGGGAGGUACAGGAGUGAAACAGGUUGAGAUAUUUUGAAGAAAAUGGUUGCUGUACUCCAGGGUUAUUCCUGUCAACUCAUCUCAGUGUUCCAGCUCUGCUUCUUAAACCUGGUGCAUGGUGGAGUUUAUUAUGGACAGAAACAGCCACCUCAGCAGCCCAUACCACAGUACAAUGAUGACGGGUUUCCCCAACCACAGUUUCUGGGGAACGAGAUGCCAGGCUCACCUUACAGUAAAGAUGUUCCCUUACUGCCUCAGUUUGGAAAAGAGUUCCCUCACCUGCCUUUGCAAAUGAGUAAACAUAGACCCCUGGCUGAUGGUAAAGGACAAACUUUCCUCAGAGGGUCUAAAGGUCCACGUCCACCCCUCCCUGGAGGAGAAGGUAUACCACUGGGCCCAGCAGGAAUUCAGGGUCCCCCUGGACUACCAGGGCCACCAGGACCACAGGGGCCUCCUGGGUUACCGGGGCAGGCAAUACCAGGUUCACCGGGAAAGCCAGGGCCUCCUGGUCCCCAAGGCUACAGAGGGGUUGGAAAACCCGGUAUACCAGGGUUGCCAGGAAAACCUGGAGGACCUGGAUUACCAGGACCAAAAGGGGACCUUGGUCCAAGUGGUGGUGAAGGGCAAAUUGGAAUUCCUGGGCCACCUGGGCUUCCUGGACCUACAGGACUACCAGGGAUUUCAAAGCCAGGGAGUCAAGGGCUACCAGGACUCUCAGGUGUACCAGGUGAGCCUGGUCAAAAAGGGAUGCCUGGGUUACCUGGUUCUCCUGGUCCAAAGGGAGAAAAAGGAAUUGGGUUACCUGGUUUUCCAGGUUUGAAAGGACCUAGUGGUCCCCCAGGUCCACCUGGACAAGCUGGCCUUCCUGGAAUUGGCAGCCCUGGCCCUAAUGGUCUACCUGGGCAACCGGGGAUACCAGGAAAACCUGGUACUCCAGGAGAACAAGGCCCAUCAGGGUCCCCUGGUGAAAGAGGUCAACCUGGACAGCCAGGUAUUCAAGGCUUCGGAAAACCUGGGAAAGAUGGUUUCAGAGGGCAACCAGGGCUUCCAGGAGGAAAAGGGGACCAAGGUCCUCCUGGUUUGAUAGGGCCUCCAGGUUUGCAAGGUUAUGGUAAACCAGGAUAUCCAGGACCAAAGGGUUAUAAGGGGCAUGCCGGUCUCCCAGGAACACCUGGCCUCAAAGGUGACAAAGGUCAUGUAGGUCCUCCAGGGGUUAUUGGUCCUGAUGGGAACAAUGGAAUGCCUGGAGCACCUGGUCUGAUUGGGCCUCCUGGGGGUUUUGGUCUUUCGGGACUAAAGGGAGAGGAUGGCUCUAUGGGCCCAAGAGGAAAUCCGGGGAUGAAGGGUCAAAUAGGACCUCCAGGUUUUCCGGGACAGCUUGGUAGGUCAGGGGACUCUGGGCAACCAGGACCAAGAGGUUUGCAAGGACCCAUUGGCCCUAAAGGAGAAGCUGGUACUAGGGGUUUACCCGGUGUACAUGGUGCUCCAGGAUUGCCAGGACCAAGAGGAGAAGUGGGAGCAGCUGGAGACAAAGGCCAUCAAGGGCCACAGGGUAUUCCAGGGCACGCAGGUCCAGGGGGACCUAUUGGACCCCCUGGGCUUCCAGGACAAAAAGGUGACAUAGGCCCACCUGGUAAUCCAGGUUAUCCUGCCAAGGGAUACCCAGGUCCUCCUGGUCAAAUUGGUCCUCAAGGAAACACAGGUCCUAACGGUCCUCCUGGACUUCCAGGGCGACCAGGACAACCUGGGCCCCCUGGUCCUCCAGGACUACCUGCUUCAUCUCCUGACCUUGUACAGAUCCUCCCUCACAGUGGCCCUUUCAAUGGCCAAACUUACAAACCCUCCAAAAGUGGCAGUAUAAGUGAAAGUAGUCUGAACAUGCCUGCAUUUACAGCAAAGCUCACAAAUCCAUUUCCCCCCGUUGGUUCUCCCAUCAUCUUUGACAAGCUCCUGCACAACGGCAACCAGGACUACAACCCCCAAAAUGGAGUUUUCACCUGUACCAUACCAGGGAUCUAUUAUUUUGCUUACCAUGUCCACUGCAAAGGAAGUAACGUUUGGGUGGCACUCAUGAAGAACAAUGAGCCUGUGAUGUACACUUACGACGAGUACAAAAAGGGCUUGCUGGAUCAGGCUUCGGGAAGCGCUGUACUUCCGUUACGGAAAGGAGACACUGUGCAUUUACAGCUCCCAUCGGAUCAGGCAUCUGGACUAUAUGCAGGUCAAUAUGUCCACUCCAUAUUUUCUGGAUACUUAUUGUACCUCAUGUAAUGACUUGUGUUUGGAUAGACUACGGACUCCCUGGGGACAAAGGGGAGAAAAGAAUUUCAUUUUUGAGGUUUGACAUUAGCCACAUUAGUCAGUUUGUAAAUACUGGUAGUUGAAUGAUUAUAGAAAUGUAACUUAGUCAACACUUCAUUCAUUCAUUCCAUCUGUGAUAAGGAGGGAAAGCAAAGAUCUUCAUAUAAAAAUGUGUUUUUCUGUUGAGCUACGUUUAUACCGCCCUCUGCAAUCGGCGUUCAAAAAGUCCAUGUAUAUGCAUUCAAAUUGCUAGCGUUCAUGAGCUGAAAGUUUAAUCAGGUUGAACUUUGACCAACAGAAUUGGUAUUUCUCAUUGACUCUAAAUAAUGGACAAAGCAAGAGUGACGUCAUCCAUAAAAAAUGCCUUACCUCCAGCGAAAUGACGCCAAUUCAGUCACCAUUUUACGCACUUCAGGCAUCACCAUUUGAAGGCAGUUAAACGGUUUGAGUCACGUUUCUAGGGCAAUUACUGGCGCCAAUCAGGAGUAUGCUUUUUCAAAAUCCACACCCCUUGCACUGAAUCUGUUGAUCAAACCUUUGAUGUAGGGGCCAGCGGGCACCAUGCAUGUAUAACUUCAAUAAUUUACAAUAAAGAAAAUAAACAGUGUGAAAAAAAAUUGGAUUAUCAAAAAGAUAUUAAGAACAAGCUAUAAGAGCAAGAAAUGUGCUGACAAAUAGAAUGACUGACUAAUUACUGUUUAUUUCUCAAUAGAAGUCUAUGAGAUUUUGUCUUCUUGAAGCCAGCAGGUACUUCCUAUUUGGAACGCAAGGGGGAGGGGUCAAGCUGUCAGCUAAUAUACAGUCUAUGGUACUGAGGUACAGAAGGCAAUCCUUUUAAUUCACGAAAGUGCCAAGCGCUUGAAAAUUGAUCAUAAAGAGGAAAUUAAUAAUUACAGUUUGUGCCCGACCGGAUUUAUAAUCCACCAAGUCUUAGAGCUGUGAAUAAAAAAGCCUGAAGCAAGAUUUGCACUGCUUUGACAUCUCGCAUCAACUGCGGGUACAUGCACUAUUGACAGUCCAGUGUAAACACCUUAAGAACAAGCAUCACAUGCCCUGAGUGAACAUACUAAACAAAAGCAUAUCAAAUUAAAUAUGAAGCUAGAUUGCAGCUAAGAUACAGUUUUCAUGCAUUUACUCAGUUUUUUUUAUUUCCUUUCUUAAUAAACAAUGCAUUUUAUUGGAUAUGUGUAUCUUUAACUGUUACUGAGCAUCUGGGAAAACUAAGUGUAGUUUUUUUUUUUUAGCACAUUAUGGAAAGUGAACUUUAAUUUCUACAUAAAAUAGGGAUACAGUCUUUGUAACAUUUUUUUGGCAUGUAUAAUAAUUUAUUUUUUUUACUACUGAUAACAGAAAUUUACCAACAUUUUUCAACAAUGAAUGAAAACAUUUUUUUUGUGUUAAUGUAAAAAGGCUUCCUUUGUGUGUCAUGCACUUUCAGAUGAAUUUGUGAUCCUUCCAUAAAAUGUUACUUUCCUUUUCUCUUUAGGGGAGGGCGGGCCUUUUUACAGUUACUUUGUCAAACAACUUUUGUGCCAAAUGUGAGAAUUGUGAUUUCUUUUAAGAUAUAUAUUUUAAUAAAAUAGUAACCUCCUGACCUACAA